UUUCUCUCUCCGGCGGCUAGAGGAGGCUGUGAAUCGGAAGCUGAUGAACUGAACUGCAAAGCCCUAAUCUGAUCGGAACAAAAGAGAUGCCUCCGAGGAAGAAAGCAAACUCUUCGUCUAAGAAAUCAAACGCUGCUAAUCAGCAAUCACAGCCGUCCAAAUUCGGGAUCCAACAUUUCUUCGAGCGCCACACUCAGAACGCCGUUUCAGCCUCCCAGAAACGUUCUUCUGCUUCCAACGCACCUGUUUCGGGUGAUUCCGUAUCCGAUCAGGUAAACGACAACCCUAGUUCGCCCACAACCAAUUCAAUUGCUUUGCCGCCUCAAAAACCUAGCAAUGGUGGAGUUUCUGGGUCAAAAAAGCCUAAAAUUUGUUCCGUCGAUUCAAAAAACAGUCCUCAGAAUACUCCCCUUGAGAAUCUGGUGGCCGAGGAUGGUAAUGCGGAGCUCUCUCCUGAAAUUUCUAAGUCUGUGCCUCUCAAGCGCUUUAAUUUCUCUCCUGGAAUGUUGAUAAAGCAAAGCCAGGAUGAUGGAGGAGAUGAGGUAACGUGGAAGAUAUCCCCCAUCAACGAAAGGCUUCAAGCAGUUUCAAAACAGAUUCCAGAGGGUGUGCAUCCUUGUCCUGGUGCUGCUGGCAAGGCUGACAAGCUACUUUCCUUGUCUUACCCAAAAACUUCUAAAAAAUCUUCAGUUGCACCAAGCAGGGUUGGCUUGAAGCGGGUAAACCCAUGUCAGGACAACGAAAUUAAUGGGGGCAAUCUUGAUGUUAAUGCUUCCCUAGCUAGCCAACAGAGUCCUUUCCGCACUCCACCAUCUCUGUCAUACUGCCAUGAUAAGUUUGCUACCGGUUCUGCAUGUGGCGGACCAUCUGAUCAGCUGGGUUUGAGGCAGCACAAAAAGGCACUGCUGGAGUUGCUAGAUCAAGUUGAAGAUGCCAUUUCUACAGAGGAUUCAGUAUCUAAUGACUUAGAGUCUUGUUCAUCUGAAGUCCAAGCUGAAAAUUCUGAUGAAAUAUCAGUAAAAACUGGUCCAACAGUAAAAUCAGUUCCAAUGAAUCUAUCAGAAAGAACCAUAGGAGCAUCUUCUGAUGGUUAUUUCUUAGUGUUGGAGGUAUCUGAGAAGCGUAGGCCUCCUGAAUCCUCUGGUGCUCAUGCUCUCUAUAAGGUUCUUCGCUUGAUAAAUGAACAAAGUGGGGAAGAGCGUGCUGUGUCUUUGUGGGAAGAGUGGUAUUACAGUGUCAUUGCUCCUGGAGAUACUGUAAAUGUCAUUGGAGAAUUUGACGACCAAGGAAAGUGUGAUAUUGAUCAUGAAAAGAAUUUUCUAAUUGUUCAUCCUGAUAUUCUGAUUUCUGGAACUCGGGUUGCAGCUAGUUUUAAUUGUCCAAGGCGAACGGUCCUGGAUGAGAGGCUAACAUCAAGUGAAUAUUCAACUGCUGCCCUGAUUGGGACAUUGCUCCAUGAAAUUUUCCAGGCAGGUCUUCUGAAGGAAAUUCCAAGCAUAAACUUCCUGGAAGAAUAUGCAAGAUUAGUACUCCAGAAAAACUUGGAGAGUUUGUAUGCAUGUGGAGCAAAUGAAAAUGAUAUGUACAAAACCUUGAUUGAAGCUAUUCCAAAAAUUUUAAACUGGAUUUUCCUCUUCAAAGAUUCACAGAACUCCGAGGCUCCUACCAUUGAUUUUGGAUCUGAUAAUGGGCUAAAAAAGCUCAACAUAUCUGAGGUAAUUGAUAUUGAGGAAAUGGCUUGGGCCCCAAAAUAUGGUUUGAAAGGAAUGAUUGAUGCUUCUGUCAGAGUGCAAGUUGAAUCAAGUGGAAAUGAAGCUUACGAGAAGAUUCUUCCUCUAGAGUUUAAAACUGGAAAAGCACCUAAUGGCCAGUCGUCAGUGGAACACUGUGCCCAAGUGAUUUUGUACACUCUUCUUAUGUCUGAGAGGUACUUGAAGCCUAUUGAUUCUGGCCUUCUAUAUUACCUCCAGUCAGAUCACACACAGGGAAUUGCAGUUCGAAGAUCUGACUUGGUUGGGCUUAUAAUGCGUCGCAAUGAGCUUGCAAAUGAUAUUGUUAAGUCAUCAACUACACAACAACUGCCCCCAAUGUUACGUGUUCCAAGCAUGUGUAAAGGUUGUCGGCAUUUUGAUAUUUGCACAAUUUAUCACAAGGCACUUGGUGGAGACACAGAAACUAGUGGAUUAGGGGAUAUGUAUGAUUCAAUUGUUCACCAUCUUUCAAAUUCUCAUUGUUCUUUCCUUAGGCAUUGGGAUCGUUUGAUUGACCUAGAAGCUAAGGAGAUGCAGCUUGUAAAAAGGGAAAUAUGGCAUUCCCACACUGUGAAGAGAGAUCGAUCCUCAAGCAGUUUUUGUUCUAUUGCUCUUGAUGAACUUCCAGAACGGAAGUCUCAGGAUGGCAACAGGUUCAUCUAUCGUUUUGUCCGUCAACGUUCACCUGAUGGCAAUGUGGAAGGAUCUGCAAUAGAUCCUUUAACUGCUGCAUCUUCUCCAACAAAUGAUUUAGGUUCCACACUUAAAAGUGGAGAUUAUGUGAUGCUUAGCACAGAAUCUGGCCGUAAUCCAAUUGCAAGUGGGGUCAUAACAGACAUCAGUCCCAUCCAUGUUUCUGUUUCUUUCUCUAAGCGCUUAAGGCUUCCCAGGAGUAAUGCUUCUUCAGAGGCAGAAGAUUUCUUCCGGGAAAUCUGGCGCAUUGACAAGGAUGAAAAUAUGACGUCAUUUUCUGUUAUGCGGUUCAACCUUGUACAACUUUUUCUACAAAAUGCUGAAAGCUCUCACCUCAGGAAGAUGAUAGUUGACCUUGAGGCUCCUAGAUUUGACAAAGAAUGUGUAUCAAGCCAGGAUCCAGCAAUAUCAUAUCUCAGGUCAGAGAAAAGCUUAAAUGAUGAUCAGCGUCGAGCUAUUCUUAAGAUACUUGCUGCGAAGGAUUAUGCUCUAAUUCUGGGAAUGCCUGGAACAGGCAAGACAACUACUAUGGUGCAUGCUGUGAAAGCCUUGUUGUUGAGAGGUGCAUCCAUUUUGCUCACGUCCUACACAAACUCUGCAGUUGAUAAUUUACUCAUCAAAUUAAAAGCACAGGAUAUUGACUUUGUGCGCAUUGGAAGACAUGAAGCAGUGCAUGAGGAAGUUAGAGGGCAUUGUUUUUCAGCAAUGAACGUCCAGAGUGUAAACGACAUUAAAAUAAGGUUAAGCCAAGUCAAAGUUGUUGCAGUUACAUGUUUAGGAAUUACAAGUCCCUUGCUUUCUGGAAAGAGAUUUGAUGUAUGCAUAAUGGAUGAAGCAGGACAGACUACACUUCCAGUAUCGCUAGGACCCUUGAUGUUUGCUUCAAUGUUUGUCCUUGUGGGAGAUCAUUAUCAAUUGCCUCCACUGGUUCAGAGCACAGAAGCUCGAGAGAAUGGAAUGGGGAUAAGUUUGUUUUGCAGGCUGUCAGAAGCACAUCCUCAGGCAAUUUCACCAUUGCAAAGCCAGUACCGUAUGUGUCAAGACAUUAUGGAACUGUCAAAUGCAUUGAUAUACGGUGACAGAUUGUGCUGUGGUUCAUCUGAAAUUGCUAGUGCAAAACUCAGCUUGUCAAGACUUGACUCUUGUUCUUCUUGGCUACAAACCGUUUUGAAUCCAAGCAAGACUGUCAUAUUUAUUAGUACAGAUAUGUUGCCUGCUUUUGAGACGAAAGAUCAGAAGACUGUGAAUAAUCAGAUGGAAGCUCACAUAAUUGCAGAGAUAACAGAGGCAUUGCUUAACAAUCGAAUUGAAGGCAAAGAUAUUGGCAUCAUUACCCCCUAUAACUCCCAGGCAAACCUCAUUAGACAUGUUUGUGAAGCAUCCGUGGAGAUACAUACCAUUGACAAAUACCAGGGAAGAGAUAAGGACUGCAUAUUAGUCUCCUUUGUGAGGUCUAGUGCAACUUCAAGGAACUGUGCUUCUUCACUGCUGGGAGACUGGCAUAGGAUUAACGUGGCUCUAACACGAGCCAAGAAAAAGUUGAUCAUGGUGGGAUCAUGCAAAACCCUUUCAAAGGUUCCAUUGCUUAAGCUUCUGAUCAACAAAGUUGAGGAGCAAUCAGGCAUCUUCAGAAUUUCCAGAACGGAUUUCAACCCAAAAAUGGAGCUUAAGAGAUGCUCUAAGGUUUGAUAAUUAGGAAUCUCUUUACAUCUUGUUCAUAUUUGUAACACUGAAGAUGUAUAUAAACAUCAAUCAAAUUAUUUUUGUAACAUUUUCAGAAAUGUAAAUGAAAGAACACAACAUUC